AUGAACUCAACAAAUGUGAUAGAGUUGAACGAGCAAUCAAAGAAUGAGGCUCAAUCGUGUCUCGUUUGCGGUGCCACGCCAGCUUUCCAUUGCUAUGGAUCAACAGCUUGCUCAAGCUGCAAAGUUUUCUUCCUUCGCAUCACCACAUUGGACACGCCGAUUCCAAAUUGUCAAAACAAUCGAAUAUGUCCAAAGCAAGACUUUCGUGGUCGAGGGAAAGCGAAAUGUAAAUUUUGUCGCUACGAGAAGUGCAUCGAGAUGGGAAUGAUCCCGGAAAUCACUGCUCGUCGCUCUGGUUGUAAUCUUCGCGAAAGGCGUUCCGAUGUCGGAAAUGGAAGGACGAAAUUGCGAUUUGAGAGUGUGGAUUUGCCGGAUAUUAUUAUGGAUGUGGAGAAACCGUGCACAAGUUCGAGUCCCGGACCGGAUGUGAGAGAACUCCAACUUGUCGCCAUGGGUUUGCCCACACCAAUGAUCAUGAACGAGAAAAUUCAAUUCGCGAAAUGUCUCGUGCAUUUGGAAAAACUUUUGCUAAACGAUGAGCAAACAGUGAGUGUGAAUUAUGGCUUUGAUAUCGAUCUGCACGUACCGAUCUCAAAAGCUCUUCUCAAUCCGGGAUUGGUCUGUAAAAGAGUUCCGAUCGGUUUCGAUCUCUAUGGAAGUGCUCAUAUUCCCUAUCAUUGCACUCUCCAAUUAUCGGGUCGACGCAUUGCCCGAGCCGCCGUCCUUGUUUUGGAUUGGAUUCGAGCGAUUCCCGAGUUCUGGUACCUCGAUCAAGAAGACAAGGAGCUUCUCUGUUGUCGCCAAUAUUUACCUCAAGUUCUUUUCACCGAUUAUUAUUACACGUACAAGCACAAGUUUCACGGAAUGUUGAUGGUACUUGGAUCGAGAAUUGCUCCAGAGGACAUUGAACAUUUCAAAGAAAUGAAAGCUUCAUUUGGCUUGAUUUUGGAGUACGGUCUGAAACGGAUCAUUCCCUGUAUGAAAAGAGCCGAAAUCGAGGACGAAGAAUACGUUUUAUUAAAAAAUAUCAUCAUUUUUUCGUCAGCAAUGGGUUUCUCCGAUCAGAGUGCUGAGAUCUCGAAAAACGCUCACGCCAAAUACAGUCAACUGCUAUUUCAGCAUUUGAAAAAGAAGCUCGGUUCCGAGGCGAAAGCUUUUGAAAGAUUCAUGAUGUUGAUGGGACUGCCUACAUACAUUCAGAGUAUUUCCCACAAGAUGCUCCCGCAAUUCGGCCGUCACAUUCUUCUGAAAGAAAUGGGCGUUUUCGGGAAGCUCCCCGAAGAUGUUUUCUGUCGGGGCUUUCUU